UCCCAUCGAUUUUCCAAAAGUUAUUUUAUAAAAAAUAAAAAAAUUUAUGAAAAACACUUCGACUUUAACGGUCUUUAGUCUUUAUCACCAAAAAAUUCCUUUCCGUCUUCAAAAAGCCGUAUAUAACAAGGCUGUCUUCUCUUCAAAUCCAGCGUCUAUAUAAACACACGCACUCAUAUACAGCACACAAAACGAAGCAGAGCAAAUAACAGAAAAAAAAAAUGGAGGGGAAAGCUAAUGGUCCGACUGGAGGGCGCACGGGUCGCGUCAUCGACGGCCCGACUAACCCCAUGGUCACCCCUCUUUUAAACGAUCUUUAUCAGUUCACCAUGGCUUAUGCUUACUGGAAAGCCGGCAAGCAUGAGGAACGUGCCGUGUUUGAUUUAUAUUUUCGAAAGAAUCCAUUUGGUGGUGAAUAUACAAUCUUUGCUGGUUUAGAAGAAUGCAUUAGGCUAAUUGCUAAUUUCAAGUUUACAGAGGAUGAGAUCUCGUUUGUCCGUGAUAGCUUGCCUGGUUCAUGUGAGGAUGGCUUCUUCAAUUAUCUUAGAGGAAUCGACUGCUCUGAUGUUGAAGUGUAUGCUAUUUCAGAGGGGUCAGUUGUUUUCCCAAAGGUACCCUUGCUAAGAGUUGAAGGGCCAGUUGCUGUGGUUCAAUUGCUGGAAACUCCAUUUGUGAAUCUUAUAAAUUAUGCAUCAUUAGUUUCUACAAAUGCUGCAAGGCAUCGAUUUGUUGCUGGAAAAUCCAAAAUGUUACUCGAGUUUGGGCUUAGACGGGCUCAGGGACCUGAUGGAGGGAUAGGAGCAUCAAAGUACUGUUACAUGGGAGGAUUUGAUGCAACAAGCAAUGUUGCAGCUGGAAGGUUAUUUGGGAUACCACUUCGUGGAACACAUUCACAUGCCUUUGUUAGCUCAUUUAUGAGCCCUGAUGAGAUCAUAGAGAAAUCGCUUAAAAGCUCCGAUGGCUUGCAUACUUGUGAGGAUUUUGUCGGUCUGGUUCAGACAUGGUUAAACAAAAUUCAGUGGUCAAGCUCAUUUAGUGGCAUAUUUGGUGAGACAAAUCAAAGUGAGCUCGCUGCUUUUACCUCAUAUGCCUUAGCGUUCCCCAAGAGCUUUCUAGCUCUUGUAGACACAUAUGAUGUCAUGAGGAGUGGAGUUCCCAACUUUUGUGCAGUUGCUCUAGCACUCAAUGAUUUGGGGUAUAAAGCUGGAGGCAUUAGAUUGGACUCUGGUGAUUUAGCGUAUUUGUCUUCGGAGGCACGAAAGUUCUUUCGCGCCAUUGAGAAAGAAUUUGGAGUGACUGGUUUUGAAAAGAUGAGCAUUACUGCAAGUAAUGAUCUCAAUGAAGAAACUUUGGAUGCAUUAAACAAACAGGGUCAUGAGGUGGAUGCAUUUGGAAUAGGAACCUAUCUGGUCACUUGCUAUGCUCAGGCUGCUCUAGGUUGUGUUUUCAAGCUCGUUGAGAUAAAUAAUCAGCCUCGCAUCAAACUUUCGGAAGAUGUUUCAAAGGUUUCUAUACCCUGUAAGAAACGGAGUUAUAGGUUAUAUGGCAGAGAAGGCUACCCUCUGGUGGACAUAAUGACAGGAGAAAAUGAACCUCCGCCUAAGGUGGGAGAACGAAUUUUGUGUCGUCACCCUUUUAGUGAAUCUAAGAGAGCAUAUGUGGUGCCACAGCAAGUUGAAGAACUUAUGAAGUGCUACUGGCCUGGGAACUCAGGUAAACAAAGAGAAGAUUUACCUCCAUUGAAGGACAUUAGAGAACGUUGCAUCAAACAGCUUGAGCUAAUGCGGCCUGAUCACAUGAGGAGACUAAACCCAACACCUUACAAGGUGAGUGUAAGUGCAAAAUUGUACGACUUCAUUCAUUUCCUCUGGCUCAAUGAAGCACCUGUUGGGGAGUUACAAUGAGGAUUUAUCAAGAUAAGCUUUUUGCAUUGAGUGGUGUACAAAUUGCAAGUCAUGAUUCCAAGAGAAUUAGAGGAGCUUCUUCAGAUAGUCAUUGGAUACACAUGCUCAAUUUAAUAAUUUAUAUUAUAAUGUAAUUUUAGAGUUUCAAUAAUCAAACUCAAUAAAACAAUUGAUUGCGUUGAAUUCUAUUGUUCAAAAUCUCUUCUAUUUCGUCUGCUAAAUUGUUUUGGAUUUUCAUCACUGAUGGGAAGGGAAUUGAAAGAAUAGCAGCUUUCCAAUAUAAACGU